CACCCACCCACCAUGGACGAAACGACGGAAGCCACCGCCUCCGACAGCAGUUCCUUCCUGGACGACAACAACAACCUGGCCAUGUACGUGGUGCUGCCCGUCAUGGUUGCCGUCUACGGCGGAUGUGCCUUGAUCUACUGCAUCCACAGGUGCCGCAGGUACUGCGUCAGGCAGAAGAAGAAGAAGGUGAAGAUGGAGAGGAAGAAGGAGCUAGAGAGGAAAGCAUUUGUCAACCCCAUGGUAACGACAGCAGACGAAGCCCCGCCCCCCUCCUACAAGUCCUCCAACAGACCGGGGUCCCGGACCAAUCAGAACGCCCUGUCGCUGGAAUGUCUUGAAGGGGAGUCAGACACGGCAGGUGACAAAUCUAAAAAUAGCGCGGACCCCCUACAGGACGGUCAGAAGAAAAAAGACCCCUGGGACUCUGACGCAGGAGCCAGAAAAAUUCUCGCCAAAGCCCUUCUCCCGGAGCUACUUCGUGGCAAAGAGGAAGAACUCUUCUGGUACCCGGAGAGAAAACGAUUUGGGAAGAUUCUAGUCAGUAGCCAGUAGUUACAUUUCGAAGUUGUGCUUUCUGGAAGAUCGCAUUAACCAGAUUUUAGUUAAUGACUGAG